UCAGGAGACGAGGACUAAGAAGCGGAGCUGUUUUGGCACUAUGGAGAAAAAUGCAUUCUAAACGAUAACUACUGCUUACUAAAACGAACUGCAAAGAUCAUGCUUUGAAGAUGAGGAUGAUAAACACAAGGAAAUAAUGCAGCUGCUGCCAUUGUGACUCGUAAAAGGUCCUUCACGUCAAAAUGAACAGCCUUUGAGGAAAAAUCUGGAAAACAGCUAAAUCUAAAAAUGGGAGAAAGAGUAAGGAGCCCAGAUUCUGAACAUGACAGAAAAUCGGAUGAAGAUAAAAAUAGUGAUUCCUAUUAUUCAGAUGAAGAUAAUGCAUCUCAUUCAUCUGGUCGGUCACCAACGUUAAGCUGUCAGUCCACACACCAGGGGAAAAAAGAUCACAAAACACAGACUUCAGACAGUCUUGUGCAGUACCAAGCCACAAAGAAACUGGAUUCCAAAUAUGCACCAAGCAAAAGAGGGACACGAUGGGGUUUCCGUUCCCAGAGCCUCACUAGGGAUUCUCCUGCAAAAGAUAUAGAUCUUGUUACAAAAAGAGUUCUUUCUGCUAGGCUGCUGAAAAUCAAUGAGCUUCGAAACGAGCUGACUGAACUCCACAUCAAACUAGAUGAGCUGCAGAAAGAAAACAGGGCGCUGAAGAGGCUUCAGCAUAGGCAGGAGAAAGCCUUGAAUAAGUUUGAAGAUACAGAAAAUGAAAUCUCUCAGCUGCUUGCUCGACACAACAAUGAGAUUAGAAUAUUAAGGGAGCGCUUACGAAAAUCUCAAGAGAGAGAACGUGCCACUGAGAGAAGACUGAAAGAUUCAGAAGAUGAACUGUACAGAACAAAAACUGUCUUGCAGAAACUGAAAAAGCUGUCUGCAGAUAAGCACCUCGCUGAAAGAGAUGACCUGGCAAAGAAAUUAGCGUAUGCAGAGAACAGACUAGAGGACACUGAAAAAAGAAUUAAGGAUCUGGAAAAAAAUCUUGAGUUAAGUAGUAGCAGUUUUCAGCGACAGUUACUUUCCGAGAAGAAAAAGGUACAUGAAGCUCAUGAAGAAAACAGAAUUCUCCAAGAAGAGAUGCAUCAGUUAAAUCAGAGGCUAAAGGAAAAGGAAAGAGAACUUGAAGCAAAAAAUAUAUAUGCUAAUCGUAUGUUGAAGCUAUCGCCAAGAAAAGACAUGGAUGUUAUACAAAGAAAAAAAGCCAACAACCAAAAUAUUAAAAAAGGAGCACAGCUCACAAAAGGAGUACAGACCAGUGGAUACUUCUCACCAGUAGAAUUUCCUCCAGAAUCAGAACUUGUUUGUGAUGAGGCAAUAAAUAAGAAAGAAGGGGUUCUUCUCAGAAUAGAAAAAGAAACUCAAGACAAAGAAUUGAAAGAGCAAGCAGAUCUCCUGAGACAAGACCAAGACGGGGAAAGGGAAGAGAAACUGAAACAUGUUCAGGAACUACAGGCUUUAGAAGGCAGGGUUCAAAAACUACAUGAUGAGUUGGAAAGGGAAGAAUAUGACAAAAUGAAAAAAGAAAAUGGCUUUUUAUUGGAUAAAGAAGAAAAAACAAAGAUGGAGGCAGAAAUACCCAAACCUGAAAUAGAGAGAGAAAGCACUGAAAUGCUGGAAGAACGACAAAAAAAAGAGUUGCUGCUUGCUAAAAUGUAUGAAAUUGACAGGGAAACUCAAAAUGUGAUGAACAUGAAACUUGCUUCCCACGCACCGCAUACGAAUACAGCAAGAAAAUCUGACUCCGUAGAGAAAAAAGAGAAAGCUAACCAAUUAUUUGAGAUUCCAGAUAAGGUUAUUAAUGGAUUUCCCCAAUACGAUGGCCAGGAUGAUGCCACAAGAACACAAGGGCAGAAGCAGAGAAAUGCAAGGACCGCAGAUUCAAGUAGUGAGUUAACAUUUGGUAGUUAUGUACCUUCCUUUGGAAAAGGAUCGGGGAGACUGAGUUGGCUUAAUCAAAAAAGUGACCGCUUAGAAGAAAAUGUUAAGGAAAACGUAGAUUUCAGCAGUAAGAAAGAAAAGAAGUCCAAUUUAAUGGAACAGCUCUUUGGAAGCAGUGCCAAUUCCAUCCUUCCUUCUAAAAGUAAUGAUACAACACUUUUCGACAUAGAUUGGGAUCCUAGUAAUAGUCCUCCUGUCAACAAAAACAGUAAAAUCAAAGCAAAAGGGGACAGUGAGCUUUUCGGAGAAGAAAGAAACCUAAACAGACACCGAUUGCAACACCCUACAAGCAAGCCAGCAGUUAAGGCCAUUGGUUCUUUAGAAGACGAAAUUGAAGAAGUAAUCUUACAAUGACCGUAUUUUUAAAUUUGUCAUAUGUAAAUACUAAAAAAAAAAAAAUAUUUUCAUACAAUAUUUAUUAGAUACAGAUUUGAAAAAAUUCAGAUAUAUUGUAAAGCCUUAUGAAGGAAUGAGUUAUAUAAAUGGGUAUAUGUGCAGAGGAACGAUGCACUCUGAUAGAACAGCAUGACCUAACCCCAUCUGCAGUAUAUUUCUUUUCAAAUAGGAUAUCCAAAUAGAGACCUCAGAGAUUAGGUAGUGUCUAUCGGGCCAUGAUGCAGUGGUUUGGGAUUUCAGAGAGACAUUUGCCCUGUUCUGGGAGAGACGCAGGUAGGAAAGGAAGGAGUCUUAGAGUCUUACACCCACUCUUCCUUCAGUUUCCUGCACUCACCCUUCCCUCUCACUCUGUCUCCCUCCUUUCUUUCUUUCUUUCUUUCUCUCUCUCUC